AGGCCGCUGCUCCUCGCAUGAAAUGCAAAUGUAGUUCUAUAUACCAACAUUGUUUCUUGUUACAUCUUGAAGAACAACUAACUUACGUUUUCAUCACCUGUACUUGAGUAUUUAAUUUAUCUUUCCAAGAGUACAACUUCUAUCUCGUGCUCGCAUGAUCAUGUUGCGCAUCGGAGGACUCGCCGCGCUUUAUUUUUUCAGCGGCCUCUCAACAACGUUUGCGCUCGGGAUGAAGUUGUACGGCCAACGCAUUUAUCAAGUGCAAAUAUGUCUGGGUCUGGAAGAUUCUGCGACUUGUCAUGCAUGUCUGACAUGACUCGAGAAUCUGUGAUGCGUGGGCACGAACCGGCUCUCCUAUCUGUCACGCAAAAACGCAGUUUCUCAUGUGGAAUACGCAACACGUACCCGCUCAAAAAUUUGUCAUGCUUGGCUGCGUAUUGCAGUCCGGCUAUCAUCCAGUGUAGCAUUAAGUACAAGUUUCCAGACCCAGACAUAUUUGCAAUUCAUAGCAUUAGCACCUUCAAGGAGCGUACUUUCCUGCAGCAGGAAGAACAAGAAGCACAAGGUCGGCUACACAUGCUAUUGCAAGGAAAAAUCCCCCCUCCCCAUUUUGAACGCGCAUCCUGCUGAAAAUUUGUGACGCAGAUUUGUGACCACAGAUCGCGUCUGUCUUGCAAGAAGGCACAUUCAGGCCGUCCGCUCUUUUAGCAACGUUAAAUAAUAGAACGUUACUAUGCAGGCGCUCUGUAGAAAUGCUGUAAGCGUAAGGCCCACAGAGUGCGUAGCCGUCUACCAUGCUAGGCGCCUACACCAAAAGACCCUCGCCUAGGCUGGCUUAGGAUCUACUGCGUGCCGUCCUUUACUGCAAUAGUACGCAUCUGUUGACUUCUUGUGUACUCAAGUCCAGCAUCAGAAAUUUUGAUUUGAUAUGGGGAGGGGGGAUUAUUUUUGGUUGUAUUACAGGGAUCUCAACGGUGCUUGUGGAUCUCAACGUUGAGACCUCACAGCUCAACGUUGAGAAAUAUAUCUCAACGAUCAGCAGUGGUUUAGGGUUUCGGGUUUAGGAUUUGGGGUUUAGGGUCGUCGGGCAGGGCAGCCGCGGCUGCCCUGCCCGACGAUUCUCUCGUCGCCUCCCUGCGCUCUUGUUGCCCGGUACGUUGUGCGCGGCCCGUUGCCUUGUGUGCCCUGUGUCCCACUAUGCGUGGAGCCUUCGCGCGUUUUUCUGAGUAUCUAUGAGCCCGCUCGCUGGCAGGACCUCUGAGAGGUUUGCUGCGGGGGCUUGGUGCGCACCUUCACGCCAUGCAGUUCUUCUGUGUGCAGACCGUUGAGACCAGUCGUUGAGCUCAUCGCGAAUCCGUUGAGGCGUCUCAAAGCGUUGAGGCGCGACCGUUGAGAUUCACUCGUUGAGAUUCCUGUAUAACAACCAUUAUUUUUCCUUUCGAUGCAUGCACGAACAGCAUCACGAGUUUCUUGCUGAUCCUUCUACUCCUUCUUGCCCAGACCAAGCACCGAGAGUGUUCGUGUAUGGCUUUCCGCCCAAGGAGUUACUGAGUCAUAUGGUGUUCUCAAACGUUCCGUUCUCAGCUUCUGUUACAUGAUUUGUCAUGCAAAAUGACCAUGAGCCGCCAAACGAUCAAGCUGCUUCGCAAGACAAAUUAUCGCCGGGCUAAACAGCAUCUAAAUUAUCCGUGCCAAAUUUGUGAUGCAAGACUUGCAAGCUUGCCCCUUUCCCUAUUGCUGUUUUUGCAUCACAAAUUCGUGUAACAGUUGAGGAUGUAACAUUUGAGAACUCCAUAAGUCACGGGACACGUGACAUCGUUUGGCGGGAGGAUGCGUACUGCGAAAGAGAAUUACCGUCUGGCUCGGCCGAGGAGCGCGAUUGCGUCUUCGGUCCGGAGUUCUCCGUUACGAUCGAUUCGCCGCCAGCCAACGUGACGCUCCGUGCCACUGACCAGUUUCGAAAUGGCCGCAUCUUCCAAUCCCGCCUGGUGCGCUCAGCUUGCAGAGUCACAGAUCCCACACGCGCCGAUGUGUUUUUCGUGCCCAUUUGGCGCGAGAAUUACAAAGUGAACCGCACCGAGUGCCCGACGGAAGACGAAGUUUUGGCUGCUCUUCCCUACUUGUCCGACGAAACGGCGAGCAAGCACUUUCUGAUGUCUCCGCGUGUCGGGGGAUUGUGGGAUGACGUGUGCCCUUUUUGGAAUAGCGAGAAGCCGCUGCUCCAGAAAAUCCGAAAGAUGGCCCUGGAAGACACAGCCUGCGGCAAGGAGGACCGGCCGGAGCGUUCUAUUCCGUAUCCGACCCUCGGUGGCGGUUUGAACAGUACGCAACUCGCCCACCUGUUCGCCGUCGCCGAUAAAGCGCAGGAGACCGGCAGGGAAUUUCUAGUCAUGGCCACUCUGGGGAAACGCGUUGGCAUAUCAAAAGGAAAAAUCCCCCCUCCCCACAUCAAAACGAGAUUUCUGAUGCUGGAUUUGAGUGCACAAAUCAGGUUUGUAUUGCAGGAAAGCAUUGCAGUCAGAUCCCCAGGCUAGGCAGGGGCGUAUGCGUCUAGUUGUUCAGCAUGGCAAGCGGCUCCCCUUUAGGCCCAAUAGCAUGACAAAUCGCUUCCAUAGUGUGGCGGAAGCUUCUGCCGUUGUCUUCUUGCAAUACAAAUGUGAUUUGCGACCUCAAAUCAGCAACGCAAAUUUUCGAAAACAUACCUUUUCGAUAUGGGGAGGGGGGAUUUUUGCUUUUGAUAUGGCAUCUCCUCUGCGCGCGUGCGCGACGUUUGGAAUCAACACUGCCACGACAGCGACCAUUGUAUUGCGGUGGACCCCACGGUAUCAAAUGUAAAAAUGUCUGGGUCUGGAAGAUUCCGAGAUUUGUCAUGCAGUUUUUCCAAGCUCCACAAAGUCUGGAAUGCAGGGCCUAGCAUCACAGGUUCUGCAGCCCCUUGGUGAUGCCCAUUAUGCAUGAGAAAUGCCCUCUGAGGAUGCCGAGAAAUGGGGACCUUUUGCAAUUCAUGCGAACACAGAUUUUUGUAUCAUCCGCAACACGCAUCACAAGUUCGCAUUCUUCCAGACCCAGACAUUUUUACAUUUGAUACACGGUGGCAGGCAUGCUCCCUGGGUUGGUCCAAGCCAUGAUGAAGUCCACCUUUUGCUUGCAGCCGGAAGGAGACACUCCGUCUCGCAAGGGGAUGCUGGACAGCUUGGCGCUGGGAUGCAUUCCGGUGCUUUCGUCCCGGAAACAGCACACGCUGUGGCGUUGGCAUCUGGGAGACCACGACUGGGAAGAUUUCUCUGUGCUGGCGCCAGAUUCCACGCAGGCGGCACACUCAACCACUAGGGGCAAUAAACCCACCCAGCCGGGGCAAAACCACCCAGAUACAACCCCGGGGCAAAACGACCACCCAGCCGACGAUAUCAAAUGUAAAAAUGUCUAGGUCUGGAAGAAUGCAACUUGUGAUGCUGCGUCUGCAUUAUCCGAAAAUCUGUAUUGCAUGAACAGCAGAAGAGGUCUGGUUUUGGCCACGGCGAGAGGGCAUUUCUCAUGCGGUAUAGGCAUCAGAAAGCCCUGCUCACAAGACCUGUGAUGCUAGGGCAUGCAUCGCAGACAUCAGUCAUGCAAAAUGUGCAUGACAAACCUUGCAUCCUUGCAGACCCAGACAUUUUUGCAGUUGAUAGGCGAGGACGGGGGGCAAAACCACCCAGCCGAAGAGGACGGAAGGCAAGACGAGCAAGACCAAUCAACUGUCGGCAAGGGGCCAACAUCGCAACGUUCGUUAUCAAAUGUAAAAAUGUCUGGGUCUGGAAGAUUGCCAGGUUUGUCAUGCACAUUUUGCAUGACUCCUGAUGUCUGUGAUGCAUGCCCUAGCAUCACAGAUUUUGUGAGGGCUUCCUGAUGCCUAUACCGCAUGACAAAUGCUCUUUCCGUGUAGCAAAACUUGGACUCUCUUUGCUGCUCACGCAAUACAGAUUUUUUUAGAAUCCAAAAGCAGCAUGACAAGUUGGAUUCUUCCAGACCCAGACAUUUUUACAUUUGAUGUUCGUGGUGCUGUGGCGAUGGCGAGAAGAAAUCCCCUCCAGCGGUGGCGCAGACGCUGAUGGAAACUGGAUCGUCCGGCGUCAACAACAUCGUAGAGUUCCUGGAGACCAUCAACGCGACCACGAUCGCCGAACUGCGGGCCGGCGUGCGGAGUGCGCGGGAGAAAAUCAUCACGCACUGGACCGACACCGACUUGAACGACGCAAUUACGGUCACGCUGAAAGCCAUACAGGAUGGCAAAUGAAGACGAAGAGGAGAAAAUGUUUUAAAUGAAAAACACGGCUAUAUCAAAUGCAACUAUGUCUGGGUCUGGAAAGAAAGUUGGAACUUGUAAUGCUAGCUUUACAUUCCUGGAAUAUCUGUAUUGCAUAACCGACAAAAGGAGAUUUUUGUCAUGCAAAAACGCAGUUUCUCAUGACAUGCGGGCUGCCUAUGAGAAAGUGCUCCGAAAAGUUGUCAUGCUGCUCUGCAUUCGGAACUGUUUCCAUCAUGCACAUUUUAGCAUCACAAGUUUCCAGACCCAGACAUAUUUGCAUUUGAUACGGCUUUACUGUCUACUACAACCCGUACGCCAGCGGCUUAUGCUGAGGAAAAAUCUCCCCUCCCCAUAUUGAAAGCGCAUCCAUCUGAAAACUUGUGAUGCAGAUUUGUGACCACAAGUGAUCGCGUCUGUCUUGCAAGACGGCAACUUCAGGCUGUCCGGCACGUUAUCCAGGCGAUUUGUAAUGGUGUAGGGCCUACAGGGCAGCCGUCUACCAUCGACUAGGCGCCUAUACCAAAAGGCCCCUGCCUAGGCUUGCGAUCUGCGUGCAGUGCUCUACUGCAACACAAGUUUGAUUUGUCUUUGUGUACUCAAAUACAGCAUCACAAAUAUCGUUCUCGAUAUUGGGAGGGGUGAUUUUUCCUUUUGAUACGGCUCAUCUACAUCAUCCUUGCGUUGCUGAGGACCUUAAGGCGUUGGAUAUCUAUCACUGUCUGUUGGUUUUACUUAUUAUCAUUGACGUAUUUUGAAAAAAUUGCUUGUAACAACAAAACUUCUUCGCUCUACCAGUUCUGUUUUUCUCAAGAAAGAGCACAAAGUGGCUCAGUCUUCUAUCUGGUAUUUUUAUUCAUCUUGAAAUAGCGCUAGAAUGGUCAGCACACGAGAGAAGAAAACCUUCACCCGGAUCAUUCCGUGUAUCCAAUAUGAACAAACAACCAAACAGCUUUUCAUUUGCAUUUUCUUCUAUUGAUCAUCAUGGUUCGAAUUCAAUUUUGUAUGGUCUUGACCGACCAGCAUGUAGUUUUUGCUUUAUUAAUAAUUCGGAACUACUAGCCUGGUCGUCGUUGGGGUCGCGACCACAUUCUACUUUCACUAAUUGUAAUUUUUGUACUAGUUUCGGUUUAUCUUCAUUCCGACCGCAUGAUAGAAGUACACAUAAACAAAAUGCAAACCUGUCUAUGGAAGCGUCAGGAUUGAAAUCGUCAAAGUUGAAUUUGAAAAAAAAAAAAUGCAUAAAAUGCAACCCACAAAGCGCCUGUCUUGCAGAGUAGGCAAGGGAGGCAUAUUGCAAGCCUGUUGAGGGGUAGAAAUAGAGCUGCUGAAGUAGCAUGACAAAAGGCGUCUUCCUUUUACCCAAACAGCAUUACAAACUGGACUUAGACACCACCAAAACUUGUCAUGCGCCAUUUCUAAACUGGGCUCCAACUGGCAUCCAUUUUAUGCAUGACGAACUAUUUCAACUCUGACAAAUUUCAAACCUGACACAUCCAUAUUGUCUGGCUCUGAAAAUAAGAAGUUGUGAAAAAUUCGUAGAACAGCAAGAUGGUUUCUGCUACACGGAGUGAGAGGCAUUUGUCAUGCGGAUUAGGCAUAAGGAACUACAAGCAUACCUAAUUCAUAGAGUGUGACAGACCACGACGACAUCAAACUGACCGCUACCAGAAAUAAAAGUAGCCAGUGGCAUGAUGAGAAAUUCAUUUUGCAGGGCGUCCAUUUUUAGCCUCUACGAAAACAAGAUGUGAAUGAAUACGCAUACGCACGAAACUCGGCAAGCAUUUCCUGCAUGACAGAGGUUGUCUGUCUUGCUUGUCUUUCAUCAGAGCGUGUACUUCUAAGUGUAACACUUCUUAUUUCUCACGAU